CACACUUUACUGCCAGUGCCAACACUUCCAUGGCGUCAUCGGCGCCGGCGGGCUCCGUGCACACGGUCUUUUCCGCCGAGUGCAACCCGAUGUUCGACUGGCACUCGGUGGCCCUCUUUCACUCGCACCGGACGUCGGGCCAGCCGGGUGGCAUCACUCGCCUCCUCGCGUGCGACAAAGAGGCGCUCGCAAGCUACCGUGGCCUGGACAUCGGCCCGACCUUCGUGCACCCCAACCUGCGGCACUGGGCCGGUCACAACUACGCGGCGCUCAACAAGCCCGGCUCGGUCAAGGCCUGGCUCGAGUCGGGAGAGGUGCCGGAGAGCGUCGAGUAUGUCUUGUUCAUCGACGCCGACAUGCUCAUCAACCGGCCGCUAAUUCCCGCCGAGGUUGGCGCGAGGCGCGGCACCGUCGUCUCUGCGCCCUACGACUACCUCGUCGGCACCGCGCAGGGCCUCGCCGACCUCUUCAACGUCUCCAACCAGCAGAUGAUGGCGCGCUGCGGAGGCAUGCACCUCUUCCACCUCGAUGACCUGCGCCGGAUCGCCCCGCUCUGGCUCGAGUACACCCAGCGGGUCCGUGUCUUCGCCUGCGAGCAGCCAAAGCGCUUCUACGAGCUGGCGUCGCCGCCCGCGCAAGGCGGCGAGGUCGGGAACGGGCGGCGGCGCCAGUUCAUGUGGAUGGUCGAGAUGUACGGAUAUGUCUUUGGAGCCGCCGAGGCGGGCGUGCCGCACCACAAGAUCUCGACCGAGAUGAUGGGGUACGUCGGCAUGGUUGGCGUGGCGCCCGGCUCCUUCAUCCUGCACUACGGACUUGACUGGAAGCU